AUGGAAGGCUUAGUGGACCCGGAAACAAUCUACAUGAAGCAAAACUGCAUCGGCGGUGGAAGCUUCGGACGUGUCUAUAAAGGACUCGACAGGCGCAGUGGUGAUUCUGUCGCAAUCAAAAUCAUCGAUGUGGAAAAUGCCGAAGAUGAAGUCGAGGACAUCAUCCAAGAAAUCGCUAUUCUGUCGGAGCUAAACUCCCCAUACGUGACAAAAUAUCAUGGUUCGUUCUUGAAAGGAUCAAGUUUGUGGAUUGUCAUGGAGUUCUGCUCCGGCGGGAGUUGCUCCGACUUGAUGCGUGCGGGGAAACUCACCGAGGACUACAUUACGAUCAUUCUCAGAGAGCUUCUUCGAGGGCUAGACUACUUGCAUAGCGACAAGAAACUGCAUCGUGAUAUCAAAGCUGCAAACAUCCUUCUGACGGCCAAUGGCCAAGUAAAACUGGCGGACUUCGGGGUUUCCAGUCAGCUUUCAGCUACUAUGACAAAAAAGAAUACGUUCGUCGGCACUCCUUUCUGGAUGGCGCCGGAGGUCAUAAAACAGUCAGGCUAUGACUACAAGGCCGAUAUUUGGUCCCUGGGGAUCACGGCAAUUGAGUUGGCCAACGGGGAGCCCCCUUACUCGGACAUCCACCCUAUGAAGGUUCUAUUUCUCAUUCCCAAGAACCCACCUCCUACUCUGCAUGGCAAUUACAGCAGAGCUUUUAAAAACUUCGUCGAGCUGUGUUUGCGCCGGGAUCCUCGAGAGCGACCAUCUGCAAAGGAACUGCUCGAACAUCCAUUCAUAAAACGAGGACGGAGGACGACGUAUCUGACAGAGCUUAUUGAGACCUACGAGCGCUGGAAUAUGAAGAACGGUAACAAGAAUGCUGAUGACGAGGAGGACUUCCUUCCUGAGCCUUCAUCGCGUUCCCCAAGGGUCGAUAACGAUGAUGAUGACGAUCUUUGGGACUUUGGUACCGUUCGUCCUGUUGGACGACCACCAGGCUUGAAGCCGAUGAAGGAGACCGACGUCAACACCCGCGAUCACGAAACCGCCGAGUGGGGUUUGAAAGAUGAGCCUCAGAAGGGACCGAUCCACGGUAUUCCGCAAAGGCCUAUGAAUAUGAAAGACGCUCGAGCUGCUGCACCGCAAGCUUCACCCACCAAGGUUUCACUGCCACCAUCACCAGUGAAACAAUUGCCGGCAGAAAGCUCACCCCAGACGCCUUCUCGCCUUCAAAAACCAGCCCCUCAACACGCAAGGGAAAGCCUUGGUAGUGAUUACGACAAAGCGCUGCAAAAGUCUCUGGCACAAGACCUCUCUUUCUUGCAAAUUGACAGUACCCCAAACACUCCCAUGCCUGCCUCGAAUUAUCGAAAUGCCGCUCCGACCGCACAUGAAUCUAGACCCUUACCUACAAAAGCGCCUAUGCAACCCUCUCGAAAUACUCCAGACCAGCACCAAAGGCCAGUCCUAGAAUCACGACCUCAUCCUCAAUUGAAUCAUCAACCACAGGCUCGCCCUUUACCGACUCCACGGCACAUAUCACCCCAGCCGAAUCCGCAACGACCCCAGCAAUCACCGUUACGUGACCAGUAUCCUCCCGGCCUUAAGCCAAACUUUCAUCAGCUGCAUCAAACAAUCGACGCCAGUUUACAGAAUCAAGGAGGAACGCCAUCGUCGGGCGAGGUGACGGCGUUGAACAGUGUUAUUUUGCCUGCUCUGAAAGCGGCCACCCGUCGUCGUGCCCGUCGCCUGGAACUUCUUUCGCGCAAUAUGCCCCCGGAGGGCAGCGAAAACCGAAUGGAUUCCUAUGAGCUCCAGUCCCGCCGAGAGUAUGUCCAUGGAAUGAUAGAAUCCAUGGUCAGCGAUUUGAGCGGCAUGUUUGCCAGAAUUGAGCGCUGGGACAACGAAGCCCCCAUCGGAAUGGGGGCACAUGUCAACUCGUUCCUGGAAGGGUUCCUAGAAGAAGUACUCGUCCGGAUCGAGCCUGACGAAGAAUCAGCUUCGACAAGACCGUAA